CGCAGAGGUGUCCCAUCUGUUACAGUGCAUCUGGAAUCAAGAGCCUCAAUUUGUGUCACGUCAGGGGCCAGACAUGGCAGACCCCAUUUCGCUUCGUCACGCUUAUUGUCCUCGUGCAUGCGCGACGGAGCUUCUAACAGUGGUAGGAUUAGUCAAGUUACAUGGCGGUAGACGAGCACGCUCCCCGUACACCGCGCAUUCUUGCUGGUCUGCUGAAUGGUUGAGCGGGAUAGUGGUGGGUCUUAUCUAACCACAUCAGCAUUGGCAAGGCUCCGGUUCCUGCCCACCAGCGUCUCGUGAAGGAGGCGAGCGAAGUCUUUCACGCGAUUCAUAAGGGAGCGCGCCACCGGGUUUAGGGGGCCCACAGCCUCGGACCGGUUGGCCUCCUAUAUACCACACUUGUCGCGGAAUUCAGAGCCCUAUCUGCCCACUAUUGGCCCCUUGCAACCUUGGUGGAGGCUUGAGUCUCAGCGAUUCUGACCAUCAUCAUAGCAGUCCAGCUCGUUCGAGAUGUGACAGGUUCCACAACCUGAGAAUUCUAGGGCAGCCUGGUGGGAAGACCAAGGAGAAGUUCUAUCACUAUUACUACUACGAAGUACAACGCCUUUUUGUGGCUUACCGGAGCCAAGCCAGUCUGGGCAGGGAAGUGCAGUAUUCGCAACCCCUCCCGUUCUCCGGAUCAUCCACGUUCGUCCUUGUGGAAAGCUCCCAUUUUAUUAACUUGGUACGACACAUGUUCUGUGUGGCAGGGAAUGGUAACUUUUAUUCAGGGCUGAUCCCCCAGAGUUCUUAGCUCGCUACAUGGAGGCCGCCAUAUACCAUCCACUUGUCUCUCCCUACAGUCUUUAAAAAAGCUCGGACUCCCCUAUCAGGAGCAAGUGCAUCUCUUUACACUCUUUUGCGGUGCGGCCUCUGCCACAAUGUUUAUCCCGGGCGUCUUAUCGAAUUUGGUGGAGCGGCAAGCCGCCUCAAGUCCGCAAUACAAGAAUGAAUCCAACACGGGCAAUCUCAUGGCCAUCCACGGGACCUUCUGCGGUCUUGCGGUUGUUACAGUGCUUCUGAGACUCUAUGUUAGAAUAUUCAUGCUGAAGAGCUUGGGCGCCGAUGAUUAUGUCAUGGUUGCAGCAACUGUCCUCGCGGUCGCGACCCUGGUAUGCUUCAUAGGGGAGGCUGUCGCAGGUGGACUCGGGAAACAUCCUUCUCUCGUGUCGGCCCAUGACUGGUCCCUGUUUCUGCAUUGGCGAUAUUUCCAUUCACUUAUUGUCAUGUUUGCAAUCAGUCUGGUCAAAGUCUCCAUCGCAUGCUUCCUGCGCAGAUUUGUGCCGAACAGGAAUUACCAACGCUUCCUUCUGGGAUCAAUUAUAUUCCUGUGUGCUUUCAUGCUUUCAUGCGCAGGAACCCUGAUCUUCAAUUGCGGCACAGAUAUCUCCGCCAACUGGGACUUUGAAUUGAAGGCUUCGCCAAAUGUCCACUGCUUCAGCAACAGGACCUUUACCAACGUCGGUAUCUUCAACAGCAGUAUCAACAUCGCGACCGACGUUCUCUUCGCCUUACUCCCUGUGCCAAUCGUCUGGAAACUUCAGACCAACAUAAGGACGAAGAUCACGCUGGUGGGCAUUCUCGGUCUGGGUCUCUUCGCCUGCGCUGCAAGUAUCGUGAAGACGGUAUAUCAGGCUACUGCGCUCAAGGAACCCGACUGGACAUACCAUGACUCCUUCUUCAUGUGGAACUUCCUCGAACUCACAAUUGGUAUUGUGGCAGCGUCUCUGCCUUCGCUUCGUCCUUUAUUUGUGAGGCUACUCGGGGCGACCCAGAGACUUACCUCCAGCGGAGGGCGCAACCGACGCAACUACGCCAAUUAUGACGCGGAUGGGCUGGGCUACCGGGUGACCAAGUCCAACGCCCGGGGCGGCACUGGAAAUCCGGCCAGACAAUACUACGCGUUCGGCUCUCGACAUUCCACCGAGCUGGGAGAUUUAGGCAGGGGUGCUAGUGAGAACGCUUUUCCGCCGGAAGAUCCCAACAAAGUCGCAGGUGUGACCAGUACAGUGACUGCUGGAGACGAUAGCAGCGACAAGGUCAUGCUCGAACCAGAUUUCCAUUCCGCUGCAAUCGACAAAGAGUGGGCAAGGCCUGCUGGGGCAGGAAUCACGAAAACCACAACUGUUCAAAUCGCACGAUAUUAAACAAUCGAAACCUUUUGCGGUCCGGUCGGCAACAGCACGAUACACAGGAAUACGAUUGAGUACGACAUGUUGUUAACUCGGGAUCGUGUCAACUCAUCUAUCAAUGUCACACGGUUGAGCUUACGUGCAAAUGACAAACUAGCUUAUCUUUCCGGCUGCAGCAUAGAGUGGCCUUUUCAUGUACUGGAGCGGCUACCUUUUUUCCAGCGACUUCUCAGCUUGCGGUAUUCCUAGGGAUUGGCACUCUGCUCGGUGCAGUUCCCUUGGCUUGCACUGUCAAGGAAACGGAGCGACUACGACAUCAAGUCAUGUAUGAAUACUUCCUUCUUUGUUAACAACGAUUGUGUCAGUCUGGUACAACUGUUCGAGGGGCCCUUGUAAAACCAGUCACCAAUACACAGAUACAUAUUGGCGAUGCUAUCUUCAAGACACCUUCCUUAGGUAAUGAUGGAUGGUGACACAGCAAACGAUCGAGAGAGCAAUGGCCGCGAUUCCGAAGUUCCAAUGCGAGAUUAUCCUUCUAUGCGCAGCGGCGGACGUCUACGGUGCUGUGUGGCAAAUGUUGACCCUCAACGGAAGGCUCGAAGUCGGGGGAUCUGGCUGUCGUCUCGCUGAUCAGGCCCCAGUUUCAAGGGGGGCUCUUCAGGACAAGCUCAUCGCAAGCGAAAGCCGAGACAUCAGGGAAGCCACUAAGAAAUUCAAUCUAGACCGAUGCUGCAGCGAUUAUAGCCUGAACUACCAGGGAAGCCGCGAGAUACGACCAUCCCAGCAGGCCACAUGGUGCGGCGCUAAUAAUGCACUCUUUACGGGACCUGAUUACGGUGACCGACCAGGGUAGCAUUGCUACCCAUGAGCUGUCGCGGUCGCUUCAAGUUCGUGUUCGGAGACUGGACCGAAGCUAAAUGGUGCGACAAAUGCACAAAAUGAACAAGACCUAUUGUGCAUAAAAAAUGUGCCCAACUCGUUGUCCGGAAUAGUCGUUGUCUAUGUUUUGUAUUCUCCUCAUGGACUUUGCGCAUUUGGUUUUCUUCGGCGGACAACGCAGUACAAGACGCAGUCACCUUUCCGCGUUCUCCAAUCCUUCCGGCUGAUGCCAUAAAUUUCGCGCGAGGUGGAGGAACGAGAGGACCGCAAGUGACGGAGGCUACUCACCCACCUGCUACGUAGCCCGUGGAGCUGUCGGACCCUCCACUUGGGACUCGUGGCCAGUUACCGAUGGUACCAGUUACAACUUAGUCAUGGCCCCCCCCUGGAGAACAUGGCAACACCUGCAAUUUUCACGUCAAACUCGACCCGGCUCCCUGUCAAAGGCUGUCUUACUACUGAAGCAGCUUGACUCAACUGAGAAUAGUGCGGCUGCACCACCCCGGUGGGACAAGGUUGCGAGCCUUACCGUCUCUGGCAUGAGCUGGCAUAGGCUUCCCGGACCGUUGGAUGGCACAUUUCUUCUGAAGCGAAAGAACGCUAAUACAUUCGGCAUACCACCACUGCAGUUCAACAAUGAUGGCCCGCCUCACUACCGAAGGAGUAGUGCGUCCGCAAAUGGUUUUCCAACUGAGGCUGACCUGUCCUGCCCGAAAGCAGUCUAGCUGCGACGUAGGUCUGCUACAACUGGGGCAAUGGGGACAGCUACAAUAAUGCCAUGGUUUGGUUCCGCCCCGGCUUUCAGGCUCGAAAUGCGUCGACAAAUUUCCAAAUCAUGAUGAUGGCAAAAGCGAGAUUGACCAUGCAGUCCAUCUGCAGUAGUAGGAGGGGAGACGACAUUCACGCCGCUCUCAACCACCGGCACAAAAAGUACCAUGUUGUAGGUACAGGGCAUACCUUUUAAAUCUGAACCACAUGAGUAUCGCCAAUGCCUUGGUUGGAAUAUCCAGGAUCAGAACCACAAUACUACUACUCCCGCACGUGUUUCGGCACGAGGAAUCCUCUCUCGACUACGCGUUGAGCUGAACGGUAUGUUCCUACUAACUUGAACGGUAGGCGGCUCAAGAACCCAAGCGUUUCGCUACUGGGACACAUGCACUAUGCCUUGGACGAAAGAAGGGCACACCAGACCUACCCUCGGCCCGAAGCGGAAGUUGUGCCUUUCACAAUUGACGAUGUACGACCUUUCCACUUCAUUGAGAUGCGCAGGGCAGAUACCACAUGGCAGUGCUCAUCCAAGGAAUCGGAUACUACUGACCAUCUCCAUUUUACUUCCUGCUCGAGAUGCUUAUUUAGUUGCUUCUGGAAGGAAUCUCGCUUGCACAAUGGUCGAGCGUACUAUGUGAGUACCCUGGCUAGUCGAAAUAUCGCUUACAGGAACCCAAAGCCGUUGUACCAGCAGCCCCACUUGCACUACUUGCUGGUUGCUGUUUUGGAUAGAGAACCGAGGACCCUUCCAGGCAAUACAACUACUUUCUUCGGGAGACCGACCGGCUCCCCAGCCUCGAUCAGGACCUAUCACACCAUAUCGAAUUCUGUGGGAGUUGCAUGGCGCCUCGGGCCCUGCAUAAUUGGCAAUCAGAUUGCCAACACAACACGAACACAGCACUCAGGUACAAUGUUGUACAUCCUACACCAUCCGCUCAAUCACCACAUUCCCAGCGACCAUCAUGUGCAGCGCUCAUGUCUUGAUCUACAAAAUUCUAUUUGCUCACGGAUCCAUCACCUACUAUUUGCAGUAGUAGGAUUUAUUAUUACUCAAGUCCCCGAUUUUUUCUUUUUUGACAGCUAGACGUCCGAGACAGCUGCCACGGCCACCUGCAGGAUUUCCUGGUGGCCAUAUACCACCACCACCACUACUACCACUAUACCGAACUAGUAGCAUUCUGAUAUGCAGCUACCACCACUGGCACCUUUCCACACUACCUAACUAGCAGAACAUCUGCAGUUCAAAUUCAAGUUAUCGAUGCAUUUGCCACUGACACCUGGGAAGCCCACCUUCCUCUUUAAAAUCCCAAAUUCCGCUUCUGCAACCAGGCAACCGAACGACAGCGACUACUACUGUUAAUGUCGGCAUUGCGGGACGUCAAAUCCGUCUGUGCGGCGUGCAGUGCGGGCUUACUACUACUGCUACUACUACUGACUAUGCAACGGUACAUCGUCCUGCAUUCAGCUCGCUCUCGGACCAACACCAGCGAUUCGGUGACACCUGAGUGACUACUAUUAUACUACUACUACCAAAUUACAAACUAACACUGACCCAACAGAACAAAAACCAACAACUUUGAACAUGCAAAAGGAGGCCCGACCUUCAAGUUCGCCGUGGGCAUCCUCACUACAACUACUACUGUACCGGCUCGGAGAAUCCAUGGAGAGACAGGCCACUACUGGCAUACCGGACCAGACCGGACAAGACCUCACCCCCAAUAAUGUUGCAGGUGUUAACUUUUUCUUCCAUGGCCACUACUACUGUACUACUGUGCUGCUACUGACCAGGAGUUCACCCACCGGUCCCCAUCCCAGCCCAGAGGGAUCAAUAAUAUCAUUUUAUUAUCACUGUGUCAUUCUGUGAACAAAUUCAUUGUAUACGCAGAACUGUUCGGGGUUCUUGCCUUCAAUUCCGCAAUAUAAUGUACUCAUUAACCGUGACCGAACAAUAAUACAUACCUAUUUAUUGGCUGUUUGUUUUCCUUGGAAUCUCAUUAUCACCUACCUACAGUACAUCGUUGCGCGGGAAAAGACAUGAUCAAUACUGUCUAGUACACCUACUGCGUCGAGGGUUCCAUUAUUACGACCUAAGGAGAAGAAGACCCAAUCACGAUUACCUGGUACCAGUGGCCGCGUUGAUAGGUCUUGAUCAGGGUACCUAGCCUAGAUUGCUACUGUCGUAGUUGUACAGUCCGAGGUUGAAGCAAUCGAACCACUCACUGUAUGCUGCAUUUCGCGACAUGUGCGAUGUAUAGAAGGUACUACUGCACACAAAUCAUUCCAAUUUGGCUUUGACCCGCACGAGUGCUUGCUCUAAUUCAGAUCUGGGAUAAGUCUAAAGGACGCGUCACAUUUCAUUUCGUUGGGAAUGGUUACACUUCCAUUUCCCAUUUCAUUUCAUUACAUUUCAACUAUUAGGUACCUUAGUUUCUGGCGGGGCACUAACUACCCCUUUAUCCCUUCAAGUGCGCUUCAAUAACGGCUAUCAUACACCACGUGCGCCUGGAGGCUUGCAUGAGAGAGGGAGAGAGAGCUCCAAAGAUCCUAGGAUGCCACUUGAUUAAAGGGGGCUAUCUAGUUGUGUUCAUCCUCCAAAAACAAACCUACAGGUUCGCCUGAAGCACGUCCUUGCCACCCUGAAUCUCCGAUUUGGACGGCAUGCUUCCAUGCCUCAUCAACUCGGCCGACUUUGUCAUGACGGGAUCCAUUUGCAUGCUGGCCACGGCCACAAUCUUAUCUCCCUUGGCAUAGUAGGCUGCAAACUUGCUGUUUUCAGGCUCACCUUUGAUAAUGAGAUCGUCCCA